GAAACAUAUCACACCAUCCAGAUCACCCUACUCGGGUUGAACUUAUCACUCUACAAAAUCCAAUCCCCUCCAUUUCGUUUCCCGAGACGCGAAAGACAAACACACCCAUAUUACGUCAUUCCUCCCCCCCGAAAGAAAACCCAACCAACCAACAAUGCCAGGCAAAAUCGGCGUCUUCCCCGCGGCCGGCGCCCUAGGCACCAGCACGAUCAAUCACCUGGCGAAGCAGGUCCCGGCCUCGGAUCUAGUGCUGGUCGCGCGGAAGCCCGAGACGCUGGCGGAGCUCGCGCGUGCGGGGGCUACCGUGCGGCAGGCGGACUACGAGGAGCCGGGGACGCUGGACCGCGUGUUCGACGGGGUGGAGGUGCUGUUUUUGAUCUCGUAUGCGUCGAUUGAGAUCCAGUUUAGGUUCGAGGCACACAAGCAUGCGAUCGACGCGGCGCGGCGCAGCGGCGUCAAGCAUAUCUUUUACUCGUCGUUGGGGUUUGCGGGGGAUCUGGAGAAGUCUAGUGUUGCACACGUGAUGGGGGCGCAUCUUAAGACGGAACGGUAUUUGGCGGAGGGGCUACAGGGUGCCGAUAAUCAUAAUCGGAUCACCUACACCGCGGUCCGGGAGGGGAUCUACUCCGAGUCGUUCCCGAUCUAUACCAGCUGGUUCGAUCCCGGCAACCCGCCCGCCAACGGCGAGGUUACGAUCCCGCAUCCCGGCGAUGGGCCUGGAGUGACGUGGGUGAAGCGGGAUGAGCUAGGCGAGGCUACUGCGAAACUGAUUGCCGACUACGUGAGAGACCCGCGAGGGUUCCCGUAUCUGAACCGCGUGCUGUUGCUCUCGGGUCCGAGGGAGAUUACGCUGAAGGAAACGGUGGAGAUUCUGGGGCGAGCGAUCGGGAAACCCCUCAGGGUUCAGGAGACUCCGGUCGAUGAGUUCGUUAAGCUGCCGCAGCAUGGGCGGAAAUUCUUCUAUCAUGGGAUUGAUCUGACGAGGGAGUGGGCGACGGCUUGGGACGCGAUCCGGCGCGGCGAGACGGCGGUCGUGUCGCCGCUCUUAGGCCAGAUCCUGGGCCGGGAGCCGGAGAGCUUCGAAACCACGAUCACGGCGUUGUAUGGUAGUGGUAACUAGAUGAGUGGCUGGUCGCAAGUGUCAACAUUUCCCUUCUCAUGUACACAAUGAAUGAAAUCAUAUCUCAGAUGACGGCUAUGACGCAGGAAGAUCGCUCCGGUUCCCGUAGCGGGGU